AAGCAGGGGCUGCAGGGGAGGAGGGAGGCGACGGGCGGGGCCGGGGGCGGGGUGCACAGUCCUCUUCCACCCCCUCCCGGCUCCGGCCCCGCCGGGACAGCCACCGAGCCUUUCUUUGGCUUUCUCUGCCAGCUUCCCAGGCAGCUCGCGUGCCCGUCCAGGCUCCGGCGCAGGUAGCCGCGGGGUCCGGCCGCCGGGAGAGCGCCGCACUGAGCAGCAGGGGACCCUCGCCGGCCCGGCCCGGCCGGCCCCUACCCUGUGUCUCCCUCCUUCCAGCGGGGGCGCCCGCCCCUCCCCUCUCCGGAGCCGGAGCCCGAGCCGUCAGCGCCGCGAAACGAGCAGCGCCAGCCCGGUGGGGCUCGCGGGGGCCGCAGCCGCUGUCCGCGGUUCUGAAAUGAAGGCGGCGGCGCGCCAUCGGCCCUGAGUCCCAGAGCAGGCGGCGGGGAGGACGGAGGGAGGAGCCGCCAUGCGGGCGGCCCGGCCGGCGGACGCCUCCCUGCUCUACAUCCCCGCCACGCUUCUGCUCUGCCUCAGCUCCGCCAGCCUGUGCUUGGUGGAGGCGGACAGUCCCUCUGCCCCAGUCAAUGUCACUGUCAAACAACUGACAGCCAAUUCAGCCAUGGUGAGCUGGGAUGUGUUGGACGACGAGGUGGUCAUUGGGUUUGCAAUUUCCCAGCAGAAGAAAGAUGUUCGGAUGCUGAGAUUUAUACAGGAAGUGAACACCUCUACGCGUUCAUGCGCCCUGUGGGACCUGGAAGAGGACACUGAGUACAUUGUUCACGUGCAGGCCAUCUCCAUCCAGGGCCAGAGUCCUGCCAGUGAGCCUGUCACCUUCAAGACCCCUCGAGAGGCUGAGAAGUUAGCCUCCAAAAACAAAGAUGAGGUGACUAUGAAGGAAAUGGGAAUGAAAAGCCAGCAGCUUCGGACAGGCGAGGUGCUCAUCAUUGUGGUGGUCCUGUUCAUGUGGGCAGGUGUCAUUGCCCUAUUCUGUCGCCAGUAUGACAUCAUUAAGGACAAUGAACCCAACAACAAGGAAAAAGCCAAGAGCACCUCGGAGAACAGCACCCCAGAGCACCAGGGAGGGGGACUCCUUCGCAGCAAGAUAUGAAACCCUACUCAUCCGGGCUUUGAGCACCUGGGAAGAACAGAACUAGAGGAUCGUUGUUCUGACGAUGGUCAUUCAGCUGCUGGUCUUCUCCAUCUCCUUUCUACACUAUUGGCCUUCUCACCUCCCUAUUCCUAGAAUUGGGUUUCUUCUUCUCAGUCCCUGCUCCUAUUUUCCAAUGUGCUUAACCCCGAGGAGCAGCAUCCUCCUGUCUCUCUGUCUCUGUCUCUUUCUCUCCUUUCCUCUCUAUUUCUGUCUCUGUCUCUGUGUAUCUCUCUGUCUCUUUCUCUCCUUCCCUCUCUAUUUCUGUCUCUGUCUGUC